GAUUUUCUCGGCAUCCUCCCCGCGAUCGCGCCCCGGUAUCCCCGCUCGAGGGCGGUGCUUUGGCAGGCGCUGUCCUCACCCCAGCCAGGACCGAGGGCGGUGAGGAGCGCGGGUCGGAGGUGAGCGCGCGGGCCGGCAGCGCCAGGCGGGUGUCGCCGCACCAUGGCCAAGCACCACCCGGACCUCAUCUUCUGCCGCAAGCAGGCGGGCGUGGCAAUUGGAAGACUUUGUGAAAAAUUAACUCCAGACUUUUGUUGAUGUGGCACUGUGGGAGAAGCUUACACUGCUGCUUCUGUGUAGGUGAUGGCAAAUGUGUGAUCUGUGACUCCUACGUGCGGCCCUGCACUCUCGUGCGCAUAUGUGAUGAGUGUAACUAUGGCUCGUACCAAGGACGCUGUGUGAUCUGCGGGGGUCCAGGAGUGUCUGAUGCCUACUACUGCAAGGAGUGUACCAUCCAGGAAAAAGAUAGAGAUGGUUGCCCUAAGAUCGUCAACCUGGGCAGUUCCAAGACAGAUCUCUUCUAUGAAAGGAAAAAGUACGGCUUCAAGAAGAGGUGAUCCUAUCUGUAGGUGGCUACACCUUCUGUUGGGUUAGCAAGAGGGUCUUGGAACAUCUCUGGACUUUACUAUUAUGAAAAACCUGUUGGUAAUUUUUUGUUAAAGCAGGAAAAAUUCAGUAGUAUACUUGGGUUGGAGAAGUAACAGACUGAGUGCAAACUGAAACCUGAUCAGAACUAUCAGAAAGAGCAAAUGAGGGCUAGUUUCUCUUGCCUUUUCAGAAGCUCUGCUGGUAGCUGCCCCAGCUCCCUAUAAAAAUCCUGGUGGGCAAGUAUUUAGUCAUGAAGGAGACCAGCUCAGUAAAAAGUGAGUGCCAUUUCUGGUGUGGGGAAACACCUUGCCUUGUUCUUACCAGGUCACCUCUCUCAAUUGUUUGAAAUUGCCCUAUGCAUCAGUAUUGAAGAACAGAGCACCAAUCCCAUGUGUCUGCUCUGGCACCACCCUACCCCAUCCAGUAUAUUUCCAUGCUGCCCUGUUUUGUAAGGAACCCGCUCGUGGCUGGUGCCUUCCUAGGGAGAGCACAGCUGUUCCAUGUUUUCUUUGACAGAUUAAUCCAAGGCCCUUUCUUGUAACCAUUUCUGUAGGAUGCAUACCAAUAAAGCUUCUUGGUUGGUUUUUUUU